AUGGCCAGCAAGAGGAAGUCCACCACGCCCUGCAUGAUCCCCGUGAAGAUGGUGGCAUUGCAGGGGCCUGGCGUGGCGGCUCAGCCUGUGGAGGCUCUGCCCGAGGGUCCCCAGCAGGACCCGGCCCCUGAAGCACCAGCCCCCAGCAGCGAGAUGGCCCCGGCCUCCAGCGGCACGGAGGGCAGUGCGCUGGCCAACGGGCACCGGAGCGUGCUGGACGGCUACUCGUACUCCUGUAAAUACUGUGACUUUCGAUCCCAGGACAUAGCCCAGUUUGUGGGACACAUGAACUCGGAGCACACUGACUUUAACAAAGACCCCAUUUUUGUUUGCACGGAGUGCAGUUUUCUGGCAAAAACCCCCGAGGGGCUGUCCCUGCACAAUGCCAAGUGUCACAUGGGAGAGGCCAGCUUCGUGUGGAAUGUGGCCAAGCCAGACAAUCAUGUCCUGGUGGAGCAGAGCGUCCCCGAGGACACGAGCACUCCUGACCCCCCAGGGGAGCCCCACGCAGAAGGGACUGACGGGCAGGCCGAGAUCAUCAUCACAAAAACCCCAAUCAUGAAGAUCAUGAAAGGCCGAGCUGAGGCCAAAAAGGUCCACACGCUCAGGGAGAGCCCGGGUCAGGCCGUGGGCGAGGCCGCCCCUAAGCCCACGGCUGGGGAGGCCGAGGUGAGAGAGGCGGACCAUUCCUUCCCCAACGGGGCCGGCCCGGCCAGCCAGGCUUCCUCCAGCUCGGCCAAAGCCCCCCACGCGGCCAGCGAGCCCCUGGUAGGGACCGUCCCGGUGCUGCCGGCCGGCAUCGCGCAGUUCCUGUCCCAGCAGCAGCCCCCCCUGCACGGCCAGCACCACGGCCCCCAGCCCCUGCCCACCUCCAAGUCCCUGCCGAAGGUGUUGAUCCCUCUGAGCAGUAUCCCCACCUAUAACGCGGCCAUGGACUCCAACAGCUUCCUCAAGAACGCCUUCCACAAGUUCCCCUACCCCACCAAGGCCGAGCUCUGCUACCUGACCGUGGUCACCAAGUACCCCGAAGAGCAGCUCAAGAUCUGGUUCACGGCCCAGAGGCUCAAGCAGGGCAUCAGCUGGUCCCCUGAGGAGAUCGAGGACGCCCGCAAGAAGAUGUUCAACACCGUCAUCCAGUCGGCCCCGCAGUCCACCAUCACCGUGCUGAACACGCCCCUGGUGGCCAGUGCCAGCAACGUCCAGCAUCUCAUCCAGGCUGCCCUCCCCGGCCACGUGGUGGGCCAGCCCGAGGGCACGGCGGGGGGACUCCUGGUCACGCAGCCCCUGAUGGCCAACGGGCUGCAGGCCCCCAGCGCAUCUCUUCCCCUGCCAGGCACGUCCCUCUCCAAGCCGCCCCCAGUGACACCUGUCAACACCGUGUGCUCCAACUCGUCCUCCGCCGUCAAAGUGGUGAACGCCGCCCAGUCGCUCCUGACGGCAUGUCCCAGCAUAACCUCGCAGGCCUUCCUGGACGCCAACAUCUACAAGAACAAGAAAUCUCACGAGCAGCUGCUGGCCCUGAAGGGCAGCUUCGACCGGAACCAGUUCCCGGGGCAGAGCGAAGUGGAGCACCUGACCAAGGUGACAGGGCUGAGCACCCGCGAGGUGCGCAAGUGGUUCAGUGACCGGCGCUACCACUGCCGCAACCUCAAGGGCCCGCGGCCCAUGGCAGCCGGUGAACAGGGCGCCAUCCUCGUGGACCCCGUGCCCGAGGGGCCCCCCGGGCCUCCGCCCAAGGCCCCAGAGCUGGUCUGCAUCCCCGCAGGGGCCGCGCUGGUGACCCACCCUGCCAGCAAGCGCCAGUCCUGGCACCAGAGCCCUGAGUUCACACCCAGCAAGUACAAGGAGCGCGCCCCGGAGCAGCUGAGGGUCCUGGAGAGCAGCUUUGCGCAGAACCCCCUGCCUGCUGACGAUGAGCUGGACCGCCUGAGGGUGGAGACCAAGAUGACGCGCCGGGAGAUCGACAGCUGGUUCUCAGAGAGGCGGAGACGCGCGCCUGCCGAGGAAACACGCAGGGCCGAGGAGGGCGCAGCCCGGGAGGAGGAGGCCGCCGAGGCCGAGGGCGCUGAGCUGGGCGACCCCAGGGCCCCCGGGGAGAAUGGCUCCCUGGAAGGGCCCAGCGGCCACUCCCUGGCCGAGCGCAAAGUCACCCCCAUCAAGAUCAACCUCAAGAACCUUCGGGUCACAGAGGCCAACGGCAGGAACGAGCUGCCUGGGGUGUGCAUGGGGCUGGGCACCAGCCUGGGCACUAGCCUGGGUGCCGCGGAGCCGGACGAGGACGGACCGGGCAAGCUGGCCGAGCAGCCCCUGGGCAAGGCCAGCUCCAAGAAGACCGCCCAGCAGCGGCACCUGCUGCGCCAGCUCUUUGUCCAGACACAGUGGCCUGGCAACCAAGACUACGACGCCAUCGUGGCGCGCACGGGCCUGCCGCGCCCCGAGGUGGUGCGCUGGUUCGGGGACAGCAGGUACGCCCUCAAGAACGGCCAGCUCAAGUGGUACGAAGACUACAAGCGGGGCAACUUCCCCCCGGGGCUGCUCGUGGUCGAGCCCAGGACCCGGGAGCUGCUGCAGAACUACUACCUGACGCACAAGACGCUGUCCGAGGAGGACCUGCCCAGCCUCUGCGACCAGACCCAGAUGAACGCCCAGCAGCUCAAGCAGUGGUUUGCCGAGAAGAUGGGUGAGGAGACAAGGGCCGCGGACCCCGGCCCUGAGGACCAGGGUGCCAACGUGGGUGACUCCACCUCGGUCCCCAAAGGGACGGGGGACAUCAGCGUGGAGGUGACCGAGAGCCGUGAGGUGUGGGGGCCCGGCGCCCCUGAAGCCAGCGCAGAGCCUUUUGUCCCCUCCAGCCCGAAGGCUGGACUUCAGCUGGGUAAGGAGUCCGGGGGAGGCACUUCUGUGGGUGAGAGCGGGCUAGGCCGCAUGGUGCAUUAUCUCUGCGCUGCUUCCAAGGCUGCCCCGUGGGAGGACCGGUGGCCUGGUUUCUCAGAGGACAACCGACCCCAGAUCGCACUGCCCGGAGCCUGUCACCGCUGCAGCAGGCCUGCCACCGCCAAGCAGGAGGAAUGAGGAGGCUCUUGUCAGUUCUUCUGCCCACAGAGGACCUUUCCUUUGCCUCCAGUGGGAGGCGGUGGUCUUCAUGGUCCCCACACUGCCCCGGCCUGUGACAAGGGCCCGGUCAGGGUGCUGGCGUCAGGCACAUCCCUGCGGGGUGUUUCUUGCACAGGCCAUCUGGGUGUCCCUAAGCCUGGAGGCACGAGCUCGCUCUGUGUUCCCUUGAACGCGUGGAUCCACGUUUCAGAGGAGAAAAUCACGCGAAGCAGCAGGUGGCGUGGGGACAGCAGAAGACACAUCACCCGGCCCUCCCCUACCCCUCAGAAACCACCAGCUCCACAAAGUGCCAGGUCCCGGGGCCGCAAGGGUGCACCUGGCCUGGGGCCCAGGCUGACUGGCAGUAGUCGGGGACCCCAGAGAGGACGGGCUAAGAGGUCAUAG